CCGGGCGCUUCCGCGGGGGGAGCGGCAGCGGCGGGGCCGGCCGGGCCGAGCCGCCAUGAACUUCUUGCGGGGCGUCAUGGGCGGCCCCAGCGCCGGGCCGCAGCCCUCGGGGGCAGACACGAUCCAGAAGYUGUGUGACCGAGUGGCCUCCUCCACGUUGCUGGAUGACCGGAGGGAUGCUGUGCGCGCUCUCAAGUCCUUAUCCAAGAAAUACCGGCUGGAGGUCGGCAUCCAGGCCAUGGAACACCUGAUCCACGUUCUCCAGACAGACCGUUCAGAUUCUGAAAUAAUUGGCUAUGCUUUGGACACACUCUACAAUGUAAUAUCGAAUGACCUAGAAGAGGAGGAGCAAGAAGAAAACUCAGCAAAACAAGUUGAUGAUUUGGGGAGUCAGUUCACAGAGAUUUUCAUUAAACAGCAAGAAAAUGUCACUCUGCUGUUGACUCUGGUGGAGGAAUUUGAUUUCCAUGUUCGUUGGCCUGGAGUGAAGCUGCUGACAUCUUUAUUAAAGCAGCAAGGGCCUCAAGUGCAGCAGAUCAUUCUGGUCAGCCCCAUGGGUGUUUCCCGACUGAUGGAUUUACUAGCAGACUCCAGGGAAGUGAUCCGAAAUGAUGGAGUCCUGCUAUUACAGCAGUUGACCAAAAGUAAUGCAGCCAUCCAGAAGAUUGUUGCCUUUGAAAAUGCCUUUGAGAGACUUCUGGAUAUCAUCACAGAGGAAGGAAACAGCGAUGGAGGAAUAGUGGUGGAAGAUUGUCUCCUCCUCUUGCAAAACUUGUUGAAGAAUAACAAUUCCAAUCAGAAUUUCUUCAAGGAAGGUUCAUACAUUCAGCGAAUGAAGCCUUGGUUUGAGGUUGGAGAUGACAAUUGUGGGUGGAGUGCACAGAAAGUAACAAAUCUUCACCUGAUGCUGCAGCUGGUGCGGGUGCUGGUGUCCCCCACCAACCCUCCUGGUGCCACCAGCAGCUGUCAGAAGGCCAUGUUCCACUGUGGAUUGUUACAGCAGCUCUGCACCAUCCUCAUGGCCACCGGGGUUCCUGCUGACAUCCUGACUGAAACCAUCAAUACUGUGUCAGAGGUCAUCCGAGGAUGCCAGACAAAUCAAGACUACUUUGCCUCUGUAAAUGCACCUUCUAAUCCACCAAGGCCUGCCAUCGUGGUGCUGCUGAUGUCCAUGGUCAAUGAGAGGCAGCCCUUCGUGCUCCGCUGUGCUGUGCUCUACUGUUUCCAGUGCUUUCUGUACAAAAACCAAAAAGGACAAGGAGAGAUUGUCUCAACGCUGCUGCCAUCCACCAUUGACGCUACAGGUAACUCGGUSUCGGCGGGUCAGCUGCUCUGCGGGGGUCUCUUCUCCACGGACUCUCUGUCCAACUGGUGUGCAGCCGUGGCCCUGGCCCACGCCCUGCAGGAGAACGGCACGCUCAAGGAGCAGCUGCUGCGGGUGCAGCUGGCCACCAGCAUCGGCAACCCGCCCGUGUCACUGCUGCAGCAGUGCACCAACAUCCUGUCCCAGGGUGAUAAGAUCGACAGACGGGGCAGCAAAGUACAGACCAGAGUUGGACUGCUGAUGUUGCUUUGUACUUGGCUGAGCAACUGCUCCAUUGCUGUCACCCACUUCCUUCACAAUCCAGCCAAUGUUCCUUUUCUCACAGGGCAGAUAGCUGAAAACCUUGGAGAAGAGGAGCAGCUUGUCCAAGGCCUGUGUGCACUUUUGCUGGGCAUUUCCAUCUACUACAAUGACAAUUCYCUUGAGAACUACAGGAAAGAGAAACUGAAGCAGCUGAUUGAGAAGAGGAUUGGCAAAGAGAACUUUGUUGAGAAGCUUGGCUUCAUUAGCAAACAUGAACUUUAUUCCAGAGCUGCUCAGAAACCACAGCCUAGUUUCUCUAGCCCAGACCACAUGAUGUUUGACCACGAAUUUACCAAGCUGGUUAAGGAAUUGGAAGGUGUCAUAAGCAAAGCAAUUUACAAGUCCAGUGAGGAAGACAAAAAGGAAGAGGAGGUCAAGAAGACACUGGAACAGCAUGACAACAUUGUGACUCACUACAAAAAAGUCAUUAGAGAGCAGGACCAGGAGCUUGAAGAACUAAAACAACGAGUCAACACUUUAACAUCUCAAAACGAACAGCUCCAGGCUACAGUCACACAGCAAGUGUCCCAGAUCCAACAGCAUAAGGACCAGUACAAUCUCCUGAAAGUCCAGCUAGGAAAGGACACCCAGCAUCAUAAUUCCCAUGGUGACACAUUGCAGAUGAAUGGCAUUCAGACAGAAGAAGUCAGCAAAUUGAAAGAGGAGUUGGAAGAGUGGAAAAACAAGCAUGAGCUGCUGCAAGGGCAGUUAAGGGAAAAGGAUUCUGUGCUAGAAAAAUUGAACUCUUCCCAGCUGGAAAUGGCCACUACAGAGCAGUCUUCACAGACCAGCAGAUCUGGUGSCUUGGAGCACAGUAAUGAGCUACAGAAGGAGUUGGAAAUGCUCAGAAGUCAGAUACAACUGCAGUCUGCGGAGAUCUCGAAGCUUCAGAUGGAGAAUCAAAAGCUACAGAACACAACUGCAGAUCCCGUGGCAGGAGACAGUGGUGCAACAGCAGCAGCCAGCUCUGAACUGGAGGGACGSCUGGAGCAAGAAAUAAAAGAAUUGAAGAGUGCAGUCCAAGCCCUUUCUGAGGAGAAGGAAUCCCUGAAGCAGCACCUGGACUCAGCCAGCAGUACGGUUGCUAUACUGCAAGAUGAGAAAAGCAAACUGCAGCGAGAAGUUGCGGAAUCCAAGAAAGAACAGGACGAUCUGCUGGUGCUUCUGGCUGACCAGGAUCAGAAAAUAUCUGCACUGAAGAUCAAAUUGAAGGACCUUGGUGUACCGGUUGAAGAUGAAGAUGAUACUGAAUCUGGAGAUCAGGGGGAUGAAGAUGAGGAUGGGGAUGAAGAGGAGCAAGACUAGGAUGCUUGUUGUGUGUUACCAUGAGAACUAGACUGCCUUGYUUUUGGGGAAAAAUCUAUUACUGGUAUGCAAAGGAGAACAUCUGCUCAUGGGAAGCAGAUGGGGAAAUGACAACCAUGGGCCUAGUUACAAGUUACUCAAGUGUUGGCAAAUUGUUUGUGCUAGGUAAAGCAAACAAAAAAAUCACAGUUUUGGUUCUACAUGAAUAUCCCAAGUUGUAUUGUUUAGAAGUUGCUUCGGACACUGUUUAAAGCAGGGGAUGACAAUGUUGCUGCCUUGCUUCAUUGUCAUUGACAAUCCUGUGCAUUUGUCUAUGGUUUUAACUUUCUUGAGGUCUUAAUAUAAAGAAAUCCCAAAGUAUUUAGUUUAACAUCUGU